AUUGGUCAAUAGCCAAUUAAGGAAGUAAAUCAUGGUUAGCCAUGCCAUAAAGUUACAUUGAAGGUGACAAAGGCCCCAAAAGUGUGUCUUCCCAUUAAAGGUAAUAAUUCAUGCACAAAAUAAAAUCCUUAGUUGUCCUAAUUUCUCAAGUACUAUAUAUAUUUCCCCUUAAAAUUCCUCCAAUUUCUCUGAAAUUCUAUUCAACAAUUCAUUUCUACAUAGUACAAAAACUUCAACUUUCCCUCUUCCUCCUUGCCGAAGCAUAUGAUUAGCAACCAAGUAACGAUCAUGGCGGUCUUUUACGUGUUGUGUGUAUCUUUGUUAGCAGUGAGUUGUUAUGUUACUGGUGAAAAUAACACUAGCGAUCUUUACAAUGUUUGGAGUAAGAAUUACACUCCAAUUAUCCUCAAACCAUUUGAAUGGUCUUACCUAAGAGUUGAGCUGCCACCGAGGUUCUCUGCCCUGACCAUUGCCUUGAACACAAAUAUAGAACUAGAUUCAAAAUUCAUAAGCAAAAGGGGUGCGCAUCGACUGCCUAUGAUGUGCUUUCGACAAGGAGGUCUUCCUCUUCCUGAUUUCUCAAAGGCUGCUCUAAAAAACUUCGUGCUAGAUGAUGUUUAUGAUCAAUCAAGUAAGAAGCUUCUCGCUUUAAGUAUUGAUAAAUGCUAUGUUAUGCAAGAUACUAUGUGGCCUACAAUGUCAAAUGAGCAGAUUAAAGAAGGUGUUCUGUUCAUAGGUCUUUUCAAUGGUAUCGGACCAGCUCGAACUCAGUCUAAAAUGAUCAACAGAGGUAGAUCUUACACAUUCAGCGCCUUUUUAAGUGUUGAAGCAUGUAAUAGAACUAUUUUCUGGGGACAAUUCUGUGACAAGAAACUUCACCGACUUCAAUGUGUUCCAGUGAAUAGCCAUGAUGAUAAUACACAAAGUAAACAAGUCAUUGGAGGGAGUGAAGUUGCCUGCAGAAACCACCUUCGUUCUUGUCACAUGCCUGAUAUGAGUCCAAAGCUCUUCUUUCUGAAUGUCGAAAACAUGUCAGUGGAGUUGAGAUUCUCAGCUUAUGAUAUCAGAUUGGGAAAUCAAUCUAUUAGAAUUAAUGACACAGGACAUGGUGCGAUAUCUUUGAUCGUUUAUGCAAGAAAUGGUGCAGUCCCAAGUACUAGUUUGUAUGACUAUUUCACUGAUAUAAGCAGAAAGCAACUCGUGAUCAAAACACCAAAGCUCGGUACUUGGUACUUCUACAUUGUGCCUGAUGUUACACAUACUGUAAAUGUUAGAGACAAAAGUCUUCAUAAAACACAAGUGAAACAGCUCUGCUAUUCCUUGAGGUGGAAAAUCCUGAAUUAUCCUUUACAGGAAAGCCCCAUUAUGGAUGUGGAUGGCACUAAGCUCUCGUCGAUUAAUUUUCCUCAAAGGAUAUCAUUACAAGAAGAUAACUUAGACUAUCCAUGGACGUAUUAUUUUAUAGAAGUUCCAUCAAAUGCUUCAAGCAAAAACAUUAGAAUCGAGAUUGUGUCAAAUACAAGCAUAGAAUAUGAACUAUAUGCUAGAUUUGGUGGUCUACCAUCUCUUAAGGUGUAUGAUUAUUACUAUGCAAACCAAUCAAGUAACAGCAAUAAUGGAUUUUCCUUGUUUAAGGUAUAUGUAUCAAGCAAUCAAAGGGUGAAAUUCGAUAUAGUUAAUGCUCAAGAAGGAAAAUGGAGUUUUGGAUUAAUAAGGAGACCGAAUUCCAGGAAGAAUUUGGAGUCUCAGACCGACCUCUUCCUUUCUGUCGAGUCUUGUGCUGAUAACUGUUCCGGUUAUGGGACAUGCAUAGAUGUUGAUGCUUUGAGAUCUUGCAGCUUCUGUAAAUGUGAUACUUUCCAUGGUGGGUUUGAUUGCAGCAUAGAAGUAGUACCGAGAUCUGAGCAGAAGCUUCAGAUUUUAUUUCUGGUAGUAUCAAAUGCAGCAGCUUUACUUCCUGCAAUUUGUGCCCUUUGGAAGAGAUCUUACGCCGAGUGGGUGGUUUUUCUCUCUAGUGGAGUCGCGAGUGCUAUCUAUCAUGCUUGUGAUGUAAAGUGGAGAUGUGUUCUGGAGUAUGGUACACUACAGUUCAUGGAUUUCUGGCUCUCUUUUGUGGCUGUGAUAAGCACAUUCAUAUAUAUGGUUUCUGUAAGUGAAGCUUUGAAGAGAGGCAUUCUUUCAGUUGUGUGGAUUCUCAUAGCACUCAUGGCGCUGAGUGAUGCCACCAGUUCCAGAAAUAUAAAAUUUGUGAUAAUCAUUGGUGUGGCGUGCCUUCUCAUUACAUGGCUGGUAGAAUCAUCAACCAAAUUGAUAGCAUUCUCUACCCAUUCUCAAAGGCCAACGAUAUCUAGUUCAUGGUUCCUUGAAAAUAUGAAGAAAAUGCUCAGAAGCUUUCGUUGGAGGUUUCUGGUAGCAGGUUUUGUUGCAUUAGCCUUGGCAGCAAUAAGCUGGAAUCUAGAAGACAUUGAAACUUACUGGAUUUUUCACAGUACAUGGCACGUUGCAAUGUACACAGCAGCAUUCUUCUUCCUUUGCUCCAAGGUUAACUUGCAAAGUGAGGGUUCGAAGCCUGAUGAAUAAAGCGAUAUGGCAGUCGCAACAACUAGAUCAACUGACAGCAGUAUCCCCUGAUGUUUGUGAUGUUGCUGUCAAAUUUUCAUAAUACAGAAAGUCAGAAUAGAUACAAAACAAAACCAAAGAUUGGUUGAUUAUAGUGAUAUACUAUGCUAUUAAGAUGAUAGGCCGCCUCCAGAAGAUUGUCAGGCGCUAAGUUUUGCUGACUGAUUUUUGUCACUGAAUUUGUGAUAAACUGUAAGGCAAAGAAAAUGUAUAGCAAAAACAAAGAACCAAACAAAUUUUCAUGAAAGCCAUUA